AUGGAUGUACCAGAGGGUAAUGGAAACCCUUUGGGCAAUGGACUCGGUCGAGCUAGGCAACCUCGACCGAUUGGUCUAGGAGAUGCUCCAAACCGCCAUCAACAAAGACAAGGGAUUGUCCCACCACCUGUCCAGAACCACAACUUCGAGAUCAAGCUGGGUAUGAUCAACCUUAUCAAUGGUGUCUCUGAGGAUGCCAUCAAGCUGAGACUCUUCCCUAUGUCUCUUGCUGACAAGGCUCACCAAUGGGAGAAGAGCCUGCCCCAUGGCACAAUCACCACUUGGGAUGAAUGCAAGAAGGCCUUUCUUGCUAAGUUUUUCUCCACCGGUCGCACAGCCAAGCUAAGGAGUGAGAUAUCAGCUUCAUCAGAGGAACAAUGA